AUGUCGCAACCGCCUUCCUUCCAGCGUGAUCCUACGCAGGCAUCCAACGUCGUCGACUCGUCCGAGCUUUCCGACCAAAACAAAGCGAAAGAUACCUCUCAAGCCCCCGCCUUUGGGGGCCCCGGAGCCAAAGCAUCCGCCCCUGAGACCUCCCAGCCUCACUCGAGCAAGAUCCUGAACAAGCUGGAUCCUCGGUUCGACAGCGACAUGUUGGAACAGCGCGAUCAAGGGAAUACCGGUCGGACUUGA